AUUCAUUAAAACCGUAAAAUUAAUAAAUAAGGUGAAAGCACUGAGGAAUGGCGAUUAAGGAAAUAUUUGUCUUUGUUGCCUGCUUUGCUAUGCUGUGUGGAUUUGGUGAUUCUGUUGAUAUUCAAUGCGAUUAUGGAACUUAUUCUUGGACUGCUGUUGGUGAUGUUUAUCUUUGCUUCCUCCAAAACACUCUCAACAUAAAAUCAAGAGAAUCAGCUGUGAUUAAUUCGGUGAAUGGAAGUCAUUCAAGUGGCAAGAGCAAUGCUGAUGUGACUUGUUUUUGGUCAUGGGGUUCCUCUCGUGUCAUCGAAUAUUUCCCGCGUAAUUUGGACAAUAUUUUCACAAAUCUCAAAAUGAUUGGGAUCCGUCAUGGUCGUCUGAAGAAAAUUCAGCAAAGUGAUUUGAGGCCUUUUACGAAGUUGGUGUAUCUUAACUUGUAUCAAAAUGACAUUGAAUUUCUUGAGGACGGGUUGUUUGCUUAUAAUCCAGAAUUGAAAUUUGUUAGCUUAAGUUACAAUAAAAUAAUUCACAUUGGCUUUCAAGUUUUUGACAAUUUAAAUAAAUUGACUUGGUUAUGGCUUUGUGGAAACACAUGCAUCAACAUGGAUGCUGACAACAAUCAAACAGCUGUGAAAGAAGUCAUCAGUCAAGCAAAGUCAAAAUGUUUAGACUAUCCAGAAAUUGACAAAGACCUCCAAAAGCUAGAAAACUCACUGCUUUAUGUCAAUUCCGAAUCACUUUCAAUUUUUGAUCAAAAUCUCCAAAAUCUUCAAAGUCGAUUCCAAAACUCAACAAUCUCACAGUAUUUACCUCUUAAGGAUCGAUUCCAGGCAAUUAAAAACUGGAGACCCAAGAACAUCUGGACAAAAAAGGAUUAUUUAAAGUUAUUAAUGAUCGGAUGCGGUGUAUUCUGGUGCUUGGUUUAUGUUGUGCUUAUCGUAGCAUUUUUAAGAUGGUCCAAAGAUGACGACAAAAAAUUUACAACCAGUAGAAAAGAACCUGUUUUACAGAGAACAGAACCUCUUUCAAAGAGAACAGAACCUGUUUUACAGAGAACAGAACCUCUUUCAAAGAGAACAGAACCAGUUUUACAGAGAACAGAACCUCUUUUACAGAGAAAAGAACCUCUUUUACAGAGAUCAGAACCUCUUUUACAGAGAAUAGAACCUCAUGCACAGAGAACAGAACCUCAUUUACAGAGAACAGAACCUCUUUUACAGAGAACAGAACCUGUUUUACAGAGAACAGAACCUCUUUUACAGAGAACAGAACCUCUUUUACAGAGAACAGGUCCUGUUUUACAGAGAACAGAACCUCUUUUACAGAGAACAGAACCUCAUUUACAGAGAACAGAACCUCAUUUACAGAGAACAGAACCUGUUUUACAGAGAACAGAACCUCAUUUACAGAGAACGGAACCUCUUUUACAGAGAACAGAACCUCAUUUACAGAGAACAGAACCUCAUUUACAGAGAAUAGAACCUCUUUUAUAG